AAAGAUUACACGAAACUGUCCGUGCAAUGUAAAGACUUUGUGGUAGGACUGCUGGACCUGUGUCGUAACACAGAGGAGGUGGAGGCCAUCUUGAAUGGGGACAUUGAAGCCAGUGAAAACUAUGAGCCUCUUGGAAGACCAAACUUUAUAAGGCUAAAGCACGCAAUAAAAUAUGAACUGAAGGAGGUAAGGGUAAUUGGAAUCAGCAGAAAUACUAUUGGUGUUGUUAUGGUUCAACAAAUGUCUGGAUGAGCAAUGAUGCUUUUCACCGUCACGAUUGGACACAGAAAAGGCAAUCAUUGCCAAGUUAAGCUUUUGUAUCAAAGUCAUAUGAAGUUUUACUUUUAAUACGUUAUUGAGACACACACACUUUCAUCCCUCCAGAAUCUCUACUGAUCUCUCUCUUCUCAUCUCUCCAUCCUAGUUCAUAGCCCAUCCAAACUGUCAGCAGCAGCUCAUGUCUAUCUGGUACCAGAAUCUGUCUGGACUGAGACAGCAGACCAACGCUGCCAAGUUUCUGGUAGUUCUGGGUGUAGCCGUUGGACUGCCUGUCAUGGCUCUGCUCUACUGGGUAGCACCAUCUAGCAAGGUCAGCUCACACUGCUUAUACCUGUAGUUGUAGCGGAAGUGAUUUGGAAUCAUGCUUUCAUAAUGAGGUGCAGCCCUAGAGACUUGUAUGCCCCAAUGUUGCCCUCUGACCUUAAAGGCUGUCCUCCUGGUGUCUGGGAUUCCCAGCGGUUCCAUAGGGGUACUAUUCAUCUACCUUAAGGCUGUCCUCCUGGUCUCUGGGGUUCCAUAGGGGUACUAUUCAUCUACCUUAAGGCUGUCCUCCUGGUCUCUGGGGUUCCAUAGGGGUACUAUUCAUCUACCUUAAGGCUGUCCUCCUGGUCUCUGGGGUUCCAUAGGGGUACUAUUCAUCUACCUUAAGGCUAUCCUCCUGGUCUCUGGGGUUCCAUUGGGGUACUAUUCAUCUACCUUAAGGCUGUCCUCCUGGUCUCUGGGGUUCCAUAGGGGUACUAUUCAUCUACCUUAAGGCUGUCCUCCUGGUCUCUGGGGUUCCAUUGGGGGUACUAUUCAUCUACCUUAAGGCUGUCCUCCUGGUCUCUGGGGUUCCAUUGGGGUACUAUUCAUCUACCUUAAGGCUGUCCUCCUGGUCUCUGGGGUUCCAUUGGGGUACUAUUCAUCUACCUUAAGGCUGUCCUCCUGGUCUCUGGGGUUCCAUGGGGUACUAUUCAUCUACCUUAAGGCUGUCCUCCUGGUCUCUGGGGUUCCAUAGGGGUACUAUUCAUCCUACCUUAAGGCUGUCCUCCUGGUCUCUGGGAUCCAUGGGGUACUAUUCAUCUACCUUAAGGCUGUCCUCCUGGUCUCUGGGGUUCCAUUGGGGUACUAUUCAUCUACCUUAAGGCUGUCCUCCUGGUCUCUGGGGUCCAUUGGGGUACUAUUCAUCUACCUUAAGGCUGUCCUCCUGGUCUCUGGGGUUCCAUUGGGGUACUAUUCAUCUACCUUAAGGCUGUCCUCCUGGUCUCUGGGGUUCCAUAUGGGGUACUAUUCAUCUACCUUAAGGCUGUCCUCCUGGUCUCUGGGGUUCCAUAGGGGUACUAUUCAUCUACCUUAAGGCUGUCCUCCUGGUCUCUGGGGUUCCAUUGGGGUACUAUUCAUCUACCUUAAGGCUGUCCUCCUGGUCUCUGGGGUUCCAUUGGGGUACUAUUCAUCUACCUUAAGGCUGUCCUCCUGGUCUAUGGGGUUCCAUAGGGGUACUAUUCAUCUACCUUAAGGCUGUCCUCCUGGUCUCUGGGGUUACAUUGGGGUACUAUUCAUCUACCUUAAGGCUGUCCUCCUGGUCUCUGGGGUUCCAUAGGGGUACUAUUCAUCUACCUUAAGGCUGUCCUCCUGGUCUCUGGGGUUCCAUAGGGGUACUAUUCAUCUACCUUAAGGCUGUCCUCCUGGUCUCUGGGAAUCCAUUGGGGUACUAUUCAUCUACCUUAAGGCUGUCCUCCUGGUCUCUGGGGUUCCAUUGGGGUACUAUUCAUCUACCUUAAGGCUGUCCUCCUGGUCUCUGGGGUUCCAUUGGGGUACUAUUCAUCUACCUUAAGGCUGUCCUCCUGGUCUCUGGGGUUCCAUUGGGGUACUAUUCAUCUACCUUAAGGCUGUCCUCCUGGUCUCUGGGGUUCCAUUGGGGUACUAUUCAUCUACCUUAAGGCUGUCCUCCUGGUCUCUGGGGUUCCAUAGGGGUACUAUUUAUCUACCUUAAGGCUGUCCUCCUGGUCUCUGGGGUUCCACAGGGGUACUAUUUAUCUACCUUAAGGCUGUCCUCCUGGUCUCUGGGGAUCCAUUGGGGUACUAUUCAUCUACCUUCUUUCUUCUUCUCAGCUGGGGAAGAUAAUGCGUGGUCCCUUCCUGAAGUUUGUGGCCCAUGCAGCUUCCUUCACCAUCUUCCUGGGCCUGCUGGUGAUGAAUGCAGCGGACCGCUUCCAGGGUACCACCCUGCUCCCUAACAUGACCGUACAGGACCACCCCUCUCAGCUGUUCAGGAUGAAGACCACCCCCUUCACCUGGAUGGAGAUACUCAUCAUAUCCUGGGUCAUAGGUCAUAUACAAACUGUACAUACUAUGUUAAUAUUAUGUAUUAUAAUAAAUAUGAUUGUGUAUUUUCUGUAGUACAUACAUAACAUACACAUGCGAGCGAGCGCACACACACACACACGGACACACAGACACGGACACACACACGGACACACAGACACGGACACGGACACACACACACACACACACGGACACACAGACACGGACACGGACACGGACACACACACACGGACACACAGACACGGACACACACACAAGCAUGCACGCACACACACAUGCUCGCAGAUACACUGAGUGUACAAAACAUUUCCAUGACAGACUGACCAGGUGAAUCCAGGUGAAAGCUAUGAUCCCUUAUUGAUGUCACUUGUUAAAUCCACUUCAAUCAGUGUAGUUGAAGGGGAGGAGACAGGUUAAAUAAUUAUUUUUAAGCCUUGAGACAAUUGAGACAUGGAUUGUGUAUGUGUGCCAUUCAGAGGGUGAAUGGGCAAGACAAAAUAUUUAAGUGCCUUUGAACGGGGUAUGGUAGUAGGUGCCAGGCGCACCGGUUUGUGUCAAGAACUGCAACGCUGCUGGGUUUUUCAUGCUCAACAGUUUCCUGUGUGUAUCAAGAAUGGUCCACCACCCAAAGGGCAUCCAGCCAACUUGACACAACUGUGGGAAGCAUUGGAGUCAACAUGGGCCAGCAUCCCUGUGGAACGCUUUUCGACACCUUGUAAAGUCAAUGCCCUGACAAAUUGAGGCUGUUCUGAGGGCAAAAAUGUAACCAAUCAGAUUGCGUUGCUAGCACUAACCCUUUAAUACCAUUGAAUUUAACAGUUAGCAAAUGGUUCAACUCGAUAAAAAUUAUAGUAAUCUGCGUGUAUCAAAGUAGAUCAAAGGCCAUUUUUAAAGCUUUCCCCCAAGCUGCACAUAUAACAAAUCCUAGAGCCAUUCUCAGAUCGUGGUAUUGAAGGUUACUUGAUGAAACUGUCAAGGUCUGUCUGCCUCUGUGUGUCUUAAGGGCUAGGAACAGCAGAGCCAUUUAUGCUUUCAUCUGACAACGCAAAGUAAAGUGGUCUGACUUGUACUGUUGUCAAAUCAAGGAUCUGUUGUCAAAUCAUUUUCUAAUCCCUCUCCAUGGUUGUUUUCCUACUGUAAAUCAAAGUACAGUACAUGUCAUUGAGGACGAUGUUGUUGAAAUAGGGAAAACAUUAUUAGGAUAGGCAAUGUUAGUCACAAGUGGACCAUUAUUUAAGCAAUAAUGCCGGAACUCCCUACAAGGGCUGCCAGAGUCGAAGCCAAGGCCCGGGAUACAGCCUUUGGAGGGAGGUUGUCACAAGAUCAUUCCCAGGUUCGAGGGCAUUAUUGCUUUUAGAAAACGGUUGCCAACAUAUUUAUAAAAAAUAUGAAUGACAUGUUAUAAUUAAAAACAUAAUUUUAACGAGUAAAUUCGUUUUUGCAUUUUGAAGUUGCUACCCUAGCGGGCUGGUCGUUAGUUAUUUUCUCGUGUUUUGACCCAGUCGUUAAUUCGAAUCAUUCUAUUCAUUCGACGUUGCUACUGUAUGCUAAACAAAUCAUUGGCAUGUACCUAGCUAGCAGAGAUUCAAUGAUGAUGACAGACAAUAACUUCAAUAAAUAAUGAUUUAAUAACUAUCCAAUAGGCCGCAGUAAGUAGGUGUGCUGAUGGCACUGCACUGGGCUUUACUAGUAUUAGCAGAUCAAUAUAGAUUUUUUUUCUGAAUCUCUGCUUUGGUAUAAAAGUAGUUGUAUAAUUAAGAACAGUAUCUUGCAGGAUUCAAUAGUUGGAUCUGUAAGAGUUGUUUGCCCUGUCCCUUUCUGUAAGAGUUGUUGUCCUGUCCCUUUCUGUAAGAGUUGUUGUCCUGUCCCUUUCUGUAAGAGUUGUUGGCCUGUCCCUUUCUGUAAGAGUUGUUUGCCCUGUCCCUUUCUGUAAGAGUUGUUUGCCCUGUCCCUUUCUGUAAGAGUUGUUGCCCUGUCCCUUUCUGUAAGAGUUGUUGUCCUGUCCCUUUCUGUAAGAGUUGUUGGCCUGUCCCUUUCUGUAAGAGUUGUUGGCCUGUCCCUUUCUGUAAGAGUUGUUUGCCCUGUCCCUUUCUGUAAGAGUUGUUGCCCUGUCCCUUUCUGUAAGAGUUGUUGUCCUGUCCCUUUCUGUAAGAGUUGUUGGCCUGUCCCUUUCUGUAAGAGUUGUUUGCCCUGUCCCUUUCUGUAAGAGUUGUUGACCUGUCCCUUUCUGGAAGAGUUGUUGCCCUGUCCCUUUCUGUAAGAGUUGUUGUCCUGUCCCUUUCUGUAAGAGUUGUUGCCCUGUCCCUUUCUGUAAGAGUUGUUGCCUUGUCCCUUUCGCUGUGAUUGUCAUUCUAAUGGAAUCCAGAAAUAACAAAAUCCUUUCCUCAAACAUUUACAUCAAAAGGUGCAAAGUUAUGGGCAAAGACACAAAACAUCCACAUCAAAUUAAAUAUUUUUCUUGAUCAAAUUACAUGGAAAACUACCACUUUUUGUGUAGUAUUAAUUUACCAUCCUUACAAACCACUUAAUAUAAAUGUACAUUACUGUAUUGUACAAAGGCUGGUCAUUUAGAAUUGGUACCUGUAGACUUUCCAUCACCAUGAAGAAGAAACAAUGCACAAUACAGUAAUUGAGUACAUUGAGACAUUAAGUGGUUUGUGAUGAUGUGAUAUGAAGAUGUGGCUCAGUUGGUUUGCACUCACAGUUGGAUAAGAGCAUCUACUAAAAGGAAUGAAUAGGCCAUUUCAGUUAACACGUAGAAAUAAGUUGCAUUUGCAAAGUAUUUCAAAAAACUGGAAAACAUAUAUCAAGCAAGUAUUUGUAUAUUCCACAAGUAUUAUCAGAUUCAAGUUACAAUUGUUGGUAAACACUCAAAUACAAAUACAUUAUUUUUUUUUUAUAUCACAAAGGUAGUGCAUGAUACGUUGUCCUCUGUAGCUCAGCUGGUAGAGCACGGCGCUUGUAACGUCAGGGUAGUGGGUUCGAUCCCCGGGACCACCCAUACGUAAAAAUGUAUGCGCACAUGACUGUAAGUUGCUUUGGAUAAAAGUGUCUGCUAAAUGGCUUAUUAUUAUUACAGUGGGGAAAAAAAGUAUUUAGUCAGCCACCAAUUGUGCAAGUUCUCCCACUUAAAAAGAUGAGAGAGGCCUGUAAUUUUCAUCAUAGGUACAUGUCAACUAUGACAGACAAAAUUAGAAAAGAAAUCCAGAAAAUCACAUUGUAGGAUUUUUAAUGAAUUUAUUUGCAAAUUAUGGUGGAAAAUAAGUAUUUGGUCACCUACAAACAAGCAAGAUUUCUGGCUCUCACAGACCUGUAACUUCUUCUUUAAGAGGCUCCUCUGUCCUCCACUCGUUACCUGUAUUAAUGGCACCUGUUUGAACUUGUUAUCAGUAUGAAAGACACCUGUCCACAACCUCAAACAGUCACACUCCAAACUCCACUAUGGCCAAGACCAAAGAGCUGUCAAAGGACACCAGAAACAAAAUUAUAGACCUGCACCAGGCUGGGAAGACUGAAUCUGCAAUAGGUAAGCAGCUUGGUUUGAAGAAAUCAACUGUGGGAGCAAUUAUUAGGAAAUGGAAGACAUACAAGACCACUGAUAAUCUCCCUCGAUCUGGGGCUCCACUCAAGAUCUCACCCCGUGGGGUCAAAAUGAUCACAAGAACGGUGAGCAAAAAUCCCAGAACCACACGGGUGGACCUAGUGAAUGACCAGCAGAGAGCUGGGACCAAAGUAACAAAGCCUACCAUCAGUAACACACUACGCCGCCAGGGACUCAAAUCCUGCAGUGCGAGACGUGUCCCCCUGCUUAAGCCAGUACAUGUCCAGGCCCGUCUGAAGUUUGCUUGAGUGCAUUUGGAUGAUCCAGAAGAGGAUUGGGAGAAUGUCAUAUGGUCAGAUGAAACCAAAAUAUAACUUUUUGGUAAAAACUCAACUCGUCGUGUUUGGAGGACAAAGAAUGCUGAGUUGCAUCCAAAGAACACCAUACCUACUGUGAAGCAUGGGGGUGGAAACAUCAUGCUUUGGGGCUGUUUUUCUGCAAAGGGACCAGGACGACUGAUCCGUGUAAAGGAAAGAAUGAAUGGGGCCAUGUAUCGUGAGAUUUUGAGUGAAAACCUCCUUCCAUCAGCAAGGGCAUUGAAGAUGAAACGUGGCUGGGUCUUUCAGCAUGACAAUGAUCCCAAACACACCGCCCGGGCAACGAAGGAGUGGCUUCGUAAGAAGCAUUUCAAGGUCCUGGAGUGGCCUAGCCAGUCUCCAGAUCUCAACCCCAUAGAAAAUCUUUGGAGGGAGUUGAAAGUCUGUGUUGCCCAGCGACAGCCCCAAAACAUCACUGCUCUAGAGGAGAUCUGCAUGGAGGAAUGGGCCAAAAUACCAGCAACAGUGUGUGAAAACCUUGUGAAGACUUACAGAAAACGUUUGACCUGUGUCAUUGCCAACAAAGGGUAUAUAACAAAGUAUUGAGAAACUUUAGUUAUUGACCAAAUACUUAUUUUCCACCAUAAUUUGCAAAUAAAAUCAUAAAAAUUCCUACAAUGUGAUUUUCUGGAGAAAAAAAAUCUAAUUUUGUCUGUCAUAGUUGACGUGUACCUAUGAUGAAAGUUACAGGCCUCUCUCAUCUUUUUAAGUGGGAGAACUUGCACAAUUGGUGGCUGACUAAAUACUUUUUUCCCCCACUGUAUACGUUGUUGCAGACAGGUAGGUCUAUACAACCCCCAACUUAUGCAAAUAAAAUAGUAGCAUGGAAAAAUAAUGUGGAGAUGCUUUUUUUCCCGAGGGAGAUUAAGUUUAUGAUUUUCCUGCCUUGGCUGCUGGAUAGUGGAAUUAUGAGACAUAACUUCUGCAUAUCAACCAAUCAGCAUCCAGAAUGCAAAAAACCUGUUUUAUAAAAAUUAUUAUGUGGACAAUUCUACAAACUUGUCUAUUUUUUCCCCCAUAUAAAAGUAAUAUCAUUAUUCCCAAUAGCCAUACGGUAGCAUCUAUAGCAGGGAUAUUCAACUCUCACCCUACCAGGUCCGGACUACUGUUGGUUUCCUGUUAAACUCUCACCCUACCAGGUCUGGACUACUGUUGGUUUCCUGUUAAACUCUCACCCUACCAGGUCUGGACUACUGUUGGUUUCCUGUUAAACUCUCACCCUACCAGGUCUGGACUACUGUUGGUUUCCUGUUAAACUCUCACCCUACCAGGUCUGGACUACUGUUGGUUUCCUGUUAAACUCUCACCCUACCAGGUCUGGACUACUGUUGGUUUCCUGUUAACCUCUCACCCUACCAGGUCUGGACUACUGUUGGUUUCCUGUUAACCUCUCACCCUACCAGGUCCGGACUACUGCUGGUUUUCUCUUCUACCUGAUCAUUAAUUGCACUCACCUGGGACAUAAAGUAGAAGAGAACAGGGGAACUGGCUUUGUGGUCCAGAUUUGAAUUUCAGGGCUCUAUAUUAACCUGCCUGUUCCCUGUCAUUAGUAUAUACCAGCCUGACUGUUCACUGUCAUCAGUCUAUACCAGCCUGACUGUUCCCUGUCAUCAGUCUAUCCCAACCAGCCUGACUGUUCCCUGUCAUCAAUUUGAUGUGUCUUGUCUACAUCCCAUCAUAGUGGAGGAAGGGAGAUUCCCACACUGUCGUACUGAAAUAGCCCUGUAGCAGAGGAGGGUCACAGAGGUCAAAGACAGAACACAGAGGGGCCGCAAUACUGUAAUCACUCUAACAUAUGUGACACCAAGAAAUUCUUACACAGACUUUGAUUAGUACAAGGUGAAUAGUUAUUUAACUAAUAAACGAUGUCUACUUCGAUGGGGUCUAGGCAAAGAUUACUUUUAAGUUUGACAAAAGCAUUUAAAGCCAUGUCUCUGUCACGUUCUACGACAGACAAGCAAUGACAUCACGUAUGAUGUGGGGGGGGGGGGGGGCAGAAUAGAACGUGGAUUGAUACCAAAUGUACGCUACACAUACUGGCAGACAUCAACUAUGUCUGUCUAUGUCGAUGGGAUCUGGGAAAGGUGACACGUUUAAUUGAAUGUAAAGCAUUCAUGUGAUAGUCAAGUCUCUCUAACAUAUGAUUACAUACUCAGGGCCAUCACACCUGAGAUAGCUGUACUGUUGGCCAGUACCUCUCAAUACUAGGCCUAUCCACAGGGCUACUUACUGUAUAAGAACAUAGGCUUUCUGAUCAAAAGCACAUGAGGUACUCCGGGCAGAGUGAAAUGUGAUUGGGGGUACAGUAAAAUAAUAAAUAAAAGGUUGAAGACCAUUAAUGAGUCCUUUCCAUCAUAGCCUGCUCUGUUCUGGGCAGUCUACACUUCUCUUCUGUCCAGCUCAUUCCAACACAUGCUGCUGUUCUUCAGAGUCUUACGUUUUAUGACAGCAAUUACAUUUAAUUUGGGGGGCAAAGUUAAUACAAUAUACUGGGACCACAUUAGUCUGUUUUUAUAUACUGGGACCACAUUAGUCUGUUUUUAUAUACUGGGACCACAUUAGUCUGUUUUUAUAUACUGGGACCACAUUAGUCUGUUUUUAUAUACUGGGACCACAUUAGUCUGUUUUUAUAUACUGGGACCACAUUAGUCUGUUCUUAUAUACUGGGACCACAUUAGUCUGUGUUUAUAUACUGGGACCACAUUAGUCUGUUUUUAUAUACUGGGACCACAUUAGUCUGUGUUUAUAUACUGGGACCACAUUAGUCUGUUUUUAUAUACUGGGACCACAUUAGUCUGUGUUUAUAUACUGGGACCACAUUAGUCUGUUUUUAUAUACUGGGACCACAUUAGUCUGUGUUUAUAUACUGGGACCACAUUAGUCUGUUUUUAUAUACUGGGACCACAUUAGUCUGUUCUUAUAUACUGGGACCACAUUAGUCUGUUUUUAUAUACUGGGACCACAUUAGUCUGUUUUUAUAUACUGGGACCACAUUAGUCUGUUUUUAUAUACUGGGACCACAUUAGUCUGUGUUUAUAUACUGGGACCACAUUAGUCUGUGUUUAUAUCCUGGGACUAUUUUGACCAGAUCACUACUGGAGAGUGAGAGCCCUAUACAUAGGGUGCCAUUUGUGACGCAGAUAUACGUCAUUCUGACAUGUUGUUGUUUUUCCCUCUCUUCUUCCAGGGAUGGUCUGGGCUGAGUGUAAGCAGCUGUGGUCCAAGGGAGCUCGGGAAUAUCUGUUGGAGACAUGGAAUCUUCUAGACUUUGGAAUGCUGGGCCUUUUCGUGACGUCCUUCAUCACUAGAUUAAUGGCGUUCUGGCAUGCGUAUGCAGCACAGAGCUACGUCGACAAGCACUAUACCGACCUGUCCAACAUUACCCUGUCCCCAGAGAUAGAGUACUACAGACUGGGUAGGUGAAGACAGAAACCUGUCCAACAUUACCCUGUCCCCGGAGAUAGAGUACUACAGACUGGGUAGGUGAAGACAGAAACCUGUCCAACAUUACCCUGUACCCAGAGAUAUAGUACUACUGACUGGGUGAGCGCAGACAGAACAUUUACUUUUAAAUAAUUCAUUUAAAUACAAAAAACUCUGCUAGGGAGGCUGGUCAAGGUUGCAUUAUAUCAGUAACAUUUCACAGCCUGGUCCCAGAUCUGUUGGUGCUCUUGCCAACUCCAUUGCUCAUUGUCAAGCCAAAUGGAAACAUACCGGCACCCAAGCUAGAAAUCUCACUGUGCAUGUUAUUCACGACAGUAGAAUAAAUAUUAAAGUCAAAUGAAAAAUGAACCUUUGCCCCAGACAAAAUAUUGACAUCCAGGUAUGUUUAUGAGGUGCUGGAGUUCUCGGUCACUUCAUCACAAAUCUAAAAACUGCUGCACAUGCUCCCUUUGCAUAGACCCAAUCGAAGUAGACAUGUAUUUAUAUAUAUAUUUAUAUGUUAAAUAACUAUUCACCUUGUACUAAUCAACGUCCGUGUGGUCAUUUCUUGGAGUCACAUACACUACUGGUCAAAAGUUUUAGAACACCUACUCAUUCAAGGGGUUUUUCUUUAUUUUUAGAAUAAUAGUGAAGACAUCUAAACUAUGAAACAACACAUAUGGAAUCAUGUAGUAACCCAAAAAGUGUUAAACAAAUCAAAAUAUAUUUUAUAUUUGAGAUUCUUCAAAUUGCCACCCUUUGCCUUGAUGACAGCUUUGCACACUCUUGGCAUUCUCUCAACCAGCUUGACCUGGAAUGCUUUUCCAACAGUCUUGAAGGAGUUCCCACAAAUGCUGAGCACUUGUUGGCUGCUUUUCCUUCACUCUGCGGUCCAACUCAUCCCAAACCAUCUCAAUUUGGAUGAGGUCGGGGGAUUGUGGAGGCCAGGUCAUCUGAUGCAGCACUCCAUCACUCUCCUUCUUGGUCAAAUAGCCCUUACACAGCCUGGAUGUGUGUUGGGUCAUUGUCCUGUUGAAAAACAAAUGAUAGUCCCACUAAGCCCAAACCAGAUGCGAUGGCGUUUCGCUGCAGAAUGCUGUGGUAGCCAUGCUGGUUAAGUGUGCCUUAAAUUCUAAAUAAAUCACAGACAGUGUCACCAGCAAAGCACCGCCACACCAUAACACCUCCUCCUCCAUGCUUUACGGUGGGAACUACACAUGCGGAGAUCAUCCGUUCACCCACACCGCAUCUCACAAAGACACGGCGGUUAGAACCAAAUAUCUCCAAUUUGGACAAAUUUCCACCGGUCUAAUGUCCAUUGCUCGUGUUUAUUGGCCCAAGCAGGUCUCUUCUUCUUAUUGGUGUCCUUUAGUAGUGGUUUCUUUGCCGCAAUUUGACCAUGAAGGCCUUUUCACACAGUACCUCUAAACAGUUGAUGUUGAGAUGUGUCUGUGACUUGAACUCUGUGAAGCAUUUAUUUUGGUUGCAAUUUCUGAGGCUGGUAACUCUAAUGAACUUAUCCUCUGCAGCAGAGGUAACACUGGGUCUUCCAUUCCUGUAGCAGUCCUCAUGAGAGCCAGUUUCAUCAUAUCGCUUGAUGGUUUUUGCGACUGCACUUGAAGAAAGUUUCAAAAGUUCUUGACAUUUUCCGGAUUGACUGACCUCCUGUCUUAAAGUAAUGAUGGACUGUCGUUUCUCUUUGCUUAUUUGAGCUGUUCUUGCCAUAAUAUGGUAUUUUACCAUAUAGGGCUAUCUUCCGUAUACCCCCACUACCUUGUCACAACACAACUGAUUGGCUCAAAUGCAUUAAGAAGGAAAGAAAUUCCACAAAUUAACUUUUAAGAAGGCACACCUGUUCAUUGAAAUGCAUUCCAGGUGACUACCUCAUGAAGCUGGUUGAGAGAAUGCCAAGAGUGUGUAAAGCUGUCAUCAAGGCAAAGGGUGGAUAUUUGAAUUAUCUUUUUUGGUUACUACAUGAUUCCUUAUGUGUUAUUUUAUAGUUUUGAUGUCUUCACUAUUAUUCUACAAUGUAGAAAAUAGUAAAAAUAUAGAAAAACCCUUGAAUGAGUAGGUGUUCUAAAACUUUUGACCGGUAGUGUAUGUUAGAGUGAUUACAGUAUUGCGGCCCCUCUAUGAUUUGACCUCUGUGACCUUCCUCUGCUACAGGGCUAUUUCAGUACGACAGUGUGGGAACCUCCCUCCCUCCACUAUGAUGGGAUGUAGACAAGCCCAAAUCAGAGCAAUGAGGAGGCAUAGAAGGACCAUGAAGAAUGAAGAGCCAAUAGAAGCAAAGAAGGGACAAUAGAAGAACAAUAGAAGGAAAACAUAGAAGAGGCAAUAGAUGAGCAUAGAAGGAGCAAUGAAGGUAAUUAGGGAGACAAUAGAAGUGGCAAUCGAAGGAGACAAUAGAAGAACAAUAAAUGAGGCAAUAGAAGGAUAAUAGAAGGAAACAUAGAAGGAGGCAAUAGAAUAGGCAAUAGAGCCUAAAUGAGGCAAUAGAAGGAGACAAUAGAAGAGCAAUAGAGAGACAAUAGAAUGAGCAAUAGAAUGAGGCUAGAGGGACAAUAGAAGGAGACAUAGAAGGAGCAAUAAAUUAGGCAAUAGAGGAUGCAAUAGAAUGAUGCAAUAAAGGAGACAAUAGAAGAGCAAUAAGGACAAUAGAAGGAAACAAUAGAAGGACAAUAUAAGGAUACAUAGAAGGAAACAACCAGAAUAGGAGACAAUAUGAAGGAGACAAUAGAGGAGGCAAACCGAAGGAGGCAAUAGGAAGGAGACAAUAGAAGGAGGCAAUAGAAUGGAGUCCAAUAGAAGGAGACAAUAGAGGAGAACAGAAUGAGCAAUUUAGAAGGAGAAAGAAGGAUACAAUAGCAAGGAGGCAAUAGAAUGAGGCAAUAGAAGGAGGACAAUAGAACGGAGACAACUAGAAGGAGACAAAUAGAAUGGAGACAACGAGACGAGAGACAAUAGAUGAGGCAAUAGAAGGAUACAAUAGAAGGAACCAAUAGAAGGAGGACAAUAGAAUGAGGCAAUAGAAUGAGGCAUUAUUUCUAAAAGAGUAAAUUUUGUUUCUUUGGUUUUCUGUUUUGUUUAUUCAUUUGACCAGGAACCAUGUACAGUCGUGGGUCAAAACGUUUUGAGACUGACACAAGUAUUUGGUCUUCACAAAGUUUGCGCUAUCAGGUGGUUAUUGAGAUAUUUUGUCAGAUGUUACUAUGGUAUUACUGAAGUAUAAAUACAAGCAUUCCAUAAGUGUCAAAGGCUUUUAUUGACAAUUACAUUAAGUUUAUGCAAAGAGUCAAUAUUUGCAGUGUUGACCCUUCUUUUUCAAGACCUCUGCAAUCCGCCCUGGCAUGCUGUCAAUUAACUUCUGGGCCACAUCCUGACUGAUGGCAGCCCAUUCUUGCAUAAUCAAUGCUUGGAGUUUGUCAGAAUUAGUGGGUUUUUGUUUGUCCACCCGCCUCUUGAGGAUCGACCACAAGUUCUCAAUGGGAUUAAGGUCUGGGGAGUUUCCUGGCCAUGGACCCAAAAUGUUGAUGUUUUGUUCCCCGAGCCACUUAGUUAUCACUUGUGCCUUAUGGCAAGGUGCUCCAUCAUGCUGGAAAAGGCAUUGGUCGUCACCAAACUGUUCUUGGAUGGUUGGGAGAAGUUUCUCUCGGAGGAUGUGUUGGUACCAUUCUUUAUUCAUGGCUAUGUUCUUAGGCAAAAUUGUGAGUGAGCCCACUCCCUUGGCUGAGAAGCAACCCCACACAUGAAUGGUCUCAGGAUGCUUUACUGUUGGCAUGACACAGGACUGAUGGUAGCGCUCACCUUGUCUUCUCCGGACAAGCUUUUUUCCGGAUGCCACAAACAAUCAGAAAGGGGAUUCAUAAGAGAAAAUGACUUUACCCCAGUCCUCAGCAGUCCAAUCCCUGUACCUUUUGCAGAAAAUCAGUCUGUCCCUGAUUUUCCUGGAGAGAAGUGGCUUCCUCGCUGCCCUUCUUGACACCAGGCCAUCCUCCAAAAGUCUUCGCCUCACUGUGCGUGCAGAUGCACUCACACCUGCCUGCUGCCAUUCCUGAGCAUGCUCUGCACUGGUGGUUCCCCGAUUCCGCAGCUGAAUCAACUUUAGGAGACGGUCCUGACGGUCCUUGCUGGACUUUCUUGGCGCCUUGAAGCCUUCUUCACAACAAUUGAACCUCUCUCCUUGAAGUUCUUGAUGAUCCGAUAAAUGGUUGAUUUAGGUGCAAUCUUACUAGCAGCAAUAUCCUUGCCUGUGAAGCCCUUUUUGUGCAAAGCAAUGAUGACGGCACGUGUUUCCUUGCAGGUAACCAUGGUUAACAGAGGAAGAACAAUGAUUUCAAGCACUACCCUCCUUUUAAAGCUUCCAGUCUGUUAUUCUAACUCAAUCAGCAUGACAGAGUGAUCUCCAGCCUUGUCCUCGUCAACACUCUCACCUGUGUUAACGAGAGAAUCACUGACAUGAUGUCAGCUAGUCGUUUUGUGACAGAGCUGAAAUGCAAUGGAAAUGUUUUUGAGGGAUUAAGUUCAUUUUCAUGGCAAAGAGGGACUUUGCAAUUAAUUGCAAUUCAUCUGAUCACUCUUCAUAUCAUUCUGGAGUAUAUGCAAAUUGCCAUCAUAAAAACUGAGGCAGCAGACUUUGUGAAAAUUUAUAUUUGUGUCAUUCUCAAAACUUUUGACCACGAUUGCAGAAAAGACACAUCAAACUGAGAUUGAGCAACACUUCUCAUAAUAAUAAUAUGCCAUUUAGCAGACAUUUUCAUCCAAAGCGAUUUACAGUCAUGCGUGCAUACAUUUUUAGGUAUGGGUGGUCCCGUGGAUCGAACCCACUACCCUGGCGUUACAAGCACCAUGCUCUACCAAUUGAGCUACAGAGGACCAGAUCUCCAUGGAGAAAGUUUGCAAUGAUACUGCCUGAUCCAUGUGGCGGCCCUCUCUCUCUCUCUUUUCUCUCUCUCUCUCUCUCUCUCUCCUCUCUCGAUCUCUUCUUCUCUCUCUAUCUAUCUCUCUCUCUCUCGCUCUCUAUCUCUCUAUCUCUCUCUCCUAUCUCUAGUCUCUAUCUUGUGUCAUCUAUAAUCUCUCCUCUCUGUUCUCUCUCGUUUUAUAUUCUCUGCCUCUCUCUGCUCCCUCUCUCUCUCUCCUCUCUGUCUCUCUUCUCUCUCUCUGCUUUCUCUCUUGCUCUCUCUCUCUCUCUCCUAUCUCCUCUCGCUCCGUCCUCUCUAUCUGUCUCUCUCUCUCUCGCUUUCUCCCUCUCUCUCUGCUCUCUGUCUCUCUCCCCUUCUCAAUUCAAUUCAAUUCAAUUCAAUUCAAUUCAAUUCAAUUUAAGGGCUUUAUUGGCAUGGGAAACGUAUGUUAACGUUGCCAAAGCAAGUGAAGUAGAUAAUAAACAAAAGUGAAAUAAACAAUAAAUAUUAACAGUAAACAUUACACUCAGAAGUUUCAAAAGAAUAAAGACAUUUCAAAUGUCAUAUUAUGUUAUAUACAGUGUUGUAACAAUGUGCAAAUAGUUAAGUACAAAUGGGAAAAUAAUCAACAUAAAUAUGGGUUGUAUUUACAAUGGUGUUUGUUCUUCACUGGUUGCCCUUUUCUUGUGGCAACAGGUCUCAAAUCUUCCUGCUGUGAUGGCACACUGGUAGUAGAUAAGUAGAUAAGGGAGUUUAUCAACAUUGGGUUUGUUUUUUGAAUUCUUUGUGGAUCGCUGUAAUCUGAGGGAAAUAUGUGUCUCUAAUAUGGUCAUACAUUUGGCAGGAGGUUAGGAAGUGCAGCUCAGUUUCUACCUCAUUUUGUGGGCAGUGUGCACAUAGCCUGUCUUUUCUUGACAGCCAGAUCUGCCUACGGCGGCCUUUCUCAAUAGCAAGGCUAUGCUCACUGAGUCUGUACAUAGUCAAAGCUUUCCUUAAAUUAGUCAUCACAGUGGUCAGGUAUUCUGCCACUGUGUACUCUCUGUUUAGGGCCAAAUAGCAUUCUAGUUGCCCUGUUAUUUGUCAAUUCUUCCAACGUGCCAAGUCUUUCUGUUUCUCAUGAUUUGGUUGGGUCUAAUUGUGUUGCUGUCCUGGGGCUCUUGGGGUCUGUUGUGUUUGUGAACAGAGCCCAGGACCAGCUUGCUUAGGGGACUCUUCUCAAGUUCAUCUUCUGUAGGUGAUGGCUUUGUUAUGGAAGGUUUGGGAAUCGCUCCUUUUAGGUGGUUGUAGAAUUUAACGUUCUCUUUCUGGAUUUGAUCUAGCGGGUUUCGGCCUAAUUCUGCUCUGCAGCAUAUUGAUGUUUUACGUUGUACACAGAGGAUAUUUUUGCAGAAUUGCAUGCAGAGUCUCAAUUUGGUUGUUGUCCAUUUGUGAAUCUUGGUUGGUGAGCGGACCCAGACCUCACAAUCAUAAAGGGCAAUGGGUUCUAUAAGAUUCAAGAUUUUUAGCAGAUUCCUAAUGGUUGUCUAAUUUUAUGUUCCUUAGUCGUAGAAGGCCACCUUCUUGCAUUGUCUUCAGAUCGUUCACAUCUUUGUGCGUGUGUACUAUCCGGUUACUGUAAUCAUCUCUCUCUCUCUUUCUCUCUCUCUCUCUCUCAUUUCUCUCUCUCUCCUCUCUCUCUCUCUCUCUUUUCCCCUCUCCCUUUUUCUCCUCUCUUUUCUCUCUCUCCUCUCUCUCUCUCUCCCCUCUCUUUCUCUCUCUCUCUCUCAGCCCGUAAUAACUGGGUUUCCCUCGGGACCCCCAGAUAAUUCAGAGGGUUUUUAUUCCAUCGCUGGGUCCUGAGCUUUCUUCGCAUUGCGUACAUCCUCCCCGCUAAUGAGAGUUUCGGGCCCCUGCAGAUAUCCUGGGAAGGACAGUGAAAGACUCUUUAAGUUCAUGGUGAUCUUCAUCAUGGUUUUGUGCCUUCCUGUUUGGAAUGUUCAAUCUCUACUCAAUAAACCCGGGAGCCAAGAAGAAUAA